AUGUCGCCCACAGGAGAUCGCCGUGAGAUUGUUAUUGUUGGUGGUGGCAUCAUUGGAUGCUGCUCUGCAUACUAUCUUACAAGACACCCCUCCUUCGAUCCCGCUCGCCAUAAAGUUACACUCAUCGAGGCCUCUGAGAUUGCUGGCGGGGCAUCAGGAAAAGCGGGUGGUAUGCUCGCGCAAUGGGCCUACCCGAGCAAUAUCGUGGCCCUCAGCUACAGGCUUCAUGCCGAGCUCGCAAAAGAGCAUGAUGGUAUAAACAGAUGGGGAUACAGAGAAGUCAACUGUGGACAACUGGUCGUGAGAGGUCGCGCUCUCACCGAGAAGAAAGCUGAGGAUGGGAGCUCGGAGUCCCUCCAGAAACGCAGCACAGCCGCUCUGUCCAAGUUGAAGUCUGCCAAAAUCCCCCAGGAUCUGGACUGGAUUGAGCCUGAACUUCUACGGGCUUAUGAGAGCAUGAGCGGGCCUGGUGAAACGGCCCAAGUGCACCCUUACCAGUUUACUACUUCCAUUGCAAAGCUGGCCGAGGAGAAGGGCGCAACUAUUGUUCUUGGACAGGUCACAGAUAUAAAUCGCUCAAAGAGCUCUGUGGAAUCGGUGACAUAUACAGACAAGAAGUCCGGAGAAACACAGACCAUCGCAGCUACCGAUGUGCUUGUUGCUGCUGGUCCCUGGACCAACACCAUUCUCCCAGAGGUCCCGAUCUCAGCUAUGCGGGCACACAGCGUGGUGAUCGAGCCCAAGAAGCCGGUCAGUGCCUACUGCUUAUUUACAAACAUCGAGAUCCCCGCAAACUUCAACCCGGAGAAGAAGUCUCGUCCAACAGUGGCUGCGCCAGAGAUCUACGCGCGCCCUGAUAGGACGGUGUAUGCAUGCGGUGAGGGAGACAGGAUAGUCCCUCUACCGAAGCUUUCAUCAGAAGUCGAGGUAGACCAGGAACGCUGCCAGGAAAUCAUCGACCAGGUGGGUAGUAUUUCUGACAAUCUGCGCGACGGUGAGGUUCGCGCGCGCCAGGCUUGCUAUCUCCCCAACUGUGAUUCUGGCGGUGGUCCGCUAGUCGGCCUGACUGGUGUCAAGGGUCUCUACCUCGCUGCUGGUCAUACAUGCUGGGGUAUCCAAAAUGCCCCGGGAACUGGCAAGCUUAUGAGCGAGUUUGUGUUUGAUGGACAGGCAAAGAGUGCGAAGAUAGCAUCGUUGGAUCCGCGCGACCAUUUCUGA